GUGCUAUCUCUCCCUUCACCGUACCGAAGAAGCAACAAAUUUUCCAUCCAUUCCAUUCGAGCUCGACUUUGGUGCUUGGUUGCUUGGUGGUACACAAAACACGACCAACCCCGAUAUAUACUGCCGAGUCGCGGCGCAGACCAGAGCUAGCCCACAACCAGUGCACAACGGAGGGGGCGGCCUCCGACAAAACGUUCCGACAAACGUGUAUUUCAUCGCGCGGACACACCGUGCGGACCGUACGAGCGACACACGAACGGGUUGGUGGUGUCAGCUUCUCUAAUCAAAACGGGGGGUUGUGUUUUUUUUUGUUGGCAGCCAUAAUCACGCCGUAUCGAAUUAUUUGGCCGCAACAACAAAUUUGCAAACUCAGCGCCGAGUAUAAAAAAGCGGGAAAGGAAAAACGGAUUUGUUGUUUUAUUUUUUUUUCUUCUUUGGCUAGUGUCAGUACGCACCCCAGAAGGGGAGGUGGAAACGGGGGGUUUGGAACACUACAAACUCCCGGAGUGUGACUGGUGUGCUUGGACCCAAGUGUGUGUGGUUGGGAUUUUUGACAUCGCGAUACAUCCCAAAAAAAACGGGGGAAGAAGCAACAACAAACGGAAAAAAGGUGCAACAGUACGCAACACCAGUUGGGGCUGGUGUAACGUGUGAUACAGCGGGGAGGUCCCCGAAAAAGUUUGUGCCGAAACAGUUUCUUGACGGCUUUCCACCAACUGGAGCAACUUGUGGGGCUGUGUGGCCAUCGAAAAGGACACAAUCGACUCCUUUCAAAAAUGGUCGAUUAUUGACAGAGACACAGAGAGAGAGAGAGAGAGAGAGAGAGAGAGAGAGAGAGAGAGAAAGUGUGUGGUUGUCGCAGAUAUAUUCUGGGUAUCAUUUCGCCGAUCACCUUGCAAAAGCCCUGAUCCGUGGCGCUAGGUUUUUUGGGGCUGGAAUCGUUGAGGAUGUCCUCGGGUAAUAGCUACUGAGUGCCCAGAAAUUGCCAUAGCAGACGACACGCACAAGGGUGCAGUGCAGAUUGGUGUGUACCAAGUGGGUGUGAAAAGUGUGUUGAGGCGUUGAUACAAGCAAAAACCCUGGAUCACAUAUAUUGCGCUGCAUCAUCAUUCAACCCGACCCGGUUCGGCAGCACCCAUUGUCCAGCAAUAAAUAGACGACGGCGGUGUAAAGCCUAGGCAAGCGCGAACAGCGCAAAAAAAAACAGCGGUGCCCAGGGCUUCUGUGGGACCCCAUCAUUAUAUCAACCUUGCACCGUUUAAUGUGAAGGUGUGCGCGCGUGUGUCUGUGUGUGUGUGUAUGGUGGAUCUGUGAGAAAGAGGGAGAGCGCACGAGAAACCUGCACAGUGGUGAUGCCCAUUUACUCUCAAACGCAAGCAAUCAAACAGAAACGAUACAAAUCAAAGUAGUUUAGAAGCUGGCCGCGGCCAUCCUUUCACCCCCGUUUUCCGCGCCAGUUUGGUAAACUGACCCUCCCUCGUCCUCCGCACCUGUGGUGAAGGACACACCACAGGCAAUGGGCUGUUGGUUCGUGUGUGUGUGCUGCACCGUUCUGCUACAUCGUGACGAAAGCUUAUACGACGCAUCUCGUCAUCGCCCAGCCUACCUGUUGUGAGCUGUCUCCUGGAUGGAGCAGAAGCCUAAACCUGCCCCGGAUGUGGAUGCGUGUGGUUUAGUAUGCGUGCGACGCUGCAUCACCAGCAGGUGCUGUAACGUAGACGGAACCGGUUCGGUACUGGAAGCUCGAUAAAUCCGACACGGUGCGUACUCCACCGGCCGCCAUUUUCUGUGUGAAGCGCCGCAAAACGUUGGACGGUGCAGAAAAGAAAGCGGAGAACGACGGCGACGACGACGACGAGGAGGAGGAGGAGGACGACGCGGAGGAGGAAGAGGGUGAAGUGAAGGACGAAUCGGUCGGGCAGGACGAAUCGAAGCUUCUGUUGCGGUGUAGCGCGACCCCGCAGGCAACUGCCGGUGCCCGUUCGUCCGUGUGUAAUCCGCGUAAAAGUCCCAGCCGGAAAGCGACAGCCAGACUGUUCCGCUGCUGUUUGCCGUGCCGCGGCGACGGAGGCGGAGGUGGAAGUGGAGGAGACGGAGGAGGAAGAGGAAGCGGCGGAGGGGGAGGAGGCGGAGGAGGAGAAGGGGGAAGUACCAGGAGUAGUGGUAGUGGUGCGAGUGGCGGUACGGUGAAGGACGGUGAAACGCAGGGCCGGACAGCGCACAGCAAGGACAAGCGUACCGGGUUCGGCCGCGGCCGAGACCGGGGCGACGGCGGUGGCCGAGGAGAAAGAGGACGAAGAGGAGGAGGAGGAGGAGGACGAGGAGCUGGCGAGACUGGUGCUGGCAGUGGUACGGGUGCAACGGACGGUACAUCGGCGAGCGGUACAACGGUUAGCGCCGCCGGUGUCGGCGACAGCGGCGGCCUCGGCGGCGGAACCAACAGCUGCGUGGAGUCGGUGGCGAUGGCAACGGUUGUGUCGGGCGAUGGGAAGCAAACAACCGGUGGCUUGACAACCACCACCAUCCUUACCGGUAAUGGGCGGCCGAGGAACAGUACGCGCGGUGUACUGCAGGCGUCCCUUGCCAAGCAGGAGGAAGACGACGAGGAAGCGGACACCGACGAGAUGGAGCAGGACGAUCCGCUCAAGGGACGGAUCGGUCUGGAACGCGGUCAGGAUCCGGCGCAGAUCAACACGCACCCGAUCGGAUUGCUGCCCGGUACAGGAAUGAUGGGCGGUACGGGUGGCCGAUCGGUACCGGGCGGGCAUCAGCGGGCAGGCGGCCGGCAUCGGGGCACCUCCGCCCAGCAGCAUCCCCAAUCACUGCCCCAUAUACGUGAGGAACGGAAGCGCAAUGGCAGCUCGGAUGCAAGUGUACGGAAGGAUGGUGGUGGUGGUGGUGCUGUGGUGGACGAUGAAGCCGACACCAGCGGUUCCAUGAUGGAGGAGGAGGACGAGGAGGAGGAUGAGGAGGAGGAGGAGGACGAUAGUGAGAUGGGGCAGGGUAAGGAACCGAUCGGUGACCGCGAUCGGUUGGUGCCGGACGACGACGAAGACGACGACGAGAACGAACCAAACGAAGAUGGCUACAGUGCGGAUGAGGACGAUUCGGCGCGGCGGGUCCUCGCCGUUCCACUCAUACCGACGGUAGCCGGUUCGGGCAAGUACCAUCAGGCUGGUGGUUCCAGUACGACCAGCAAACAACAACUCCCACCGCCACAUCCCAAGUAUCAUCGUAAUCGGCGACACACGCUAGCGAACGUACGCUUCAUGGACAAUGCGGAAGGGUCCGGCAGUGGACCACCGAGCGGUGUGAUGAGUGUCGUCGGUGGGUAUACAAGUCGUCGCUCACCACUGCUGCUACCGUCCGGUGAUGGUGGACCCGGUGGACCGGGUACACUGCUCUCAGCCGCCCUGCCACAGCGUCGCGAAUCGUUCCUUUAUCGGUCCGAUUCCGACUUUGAGAUAUCGCCGAAGGUGUCGUCCGUAUCGCUGAUGGCGGCACGAUGCAACGCCAACAGUGGUUCCGGUACGUCCACCUCGAACGUCACCAGCGGCACCGGAAGCGGUGGAACGUUGACGUCAACCGCCGGACGGGAUGGCGCGUUCCACUGGAAGGAAACGACACUGGAGGAACCGACCAUACUGUCGUCGAUUGCAUCGUCACCGUCCAGCAGUGCGACGACCGUUGUUGGUGCCGCCUCCACCGUAGUAACAUCGUCCACAUCCGAGCGAACCACUGUUAUGAGCGGAUCUGGCGGUGGUGGCUCCGGAGGACAUCAUGAUGAUUUAAUCGUAACACCGUUUGCGCAGAUUUUAGCUAGUUUGCGCACGGUACGCGCUAACUUGUACGCACUUUCAUCCGCCAUACCGGCAUCGGUGGCGGAAAGUGAGCUAACAACACGUAGAUCUUCUGCCGGUGCGGAAAGUGCUGAAACCGAUCCGGGCAGUGGACAAGGCGAUGACAGCCAGCCGGACAAGGAAGGUGACCUGCGACAACUUACCACAGAAACGAUCGACGAGCUUGAAUGGUGCCUGGAACAGCUGGAAACGGUUCAAACGCAUCGCAGCGUAUCAGAUAUGGCAUCGCUUAAGUUCAAACGAUUGCUGAACAAAGAAUUGUCCCAUUUGAGUGAAUCAAGCAAGUCUGGUAAUCAGAUCAGCGAGUACAUCUGCACAACAUUCUUGGACAAACAGCAAGAACCGGACGUACCAUCCGCGCCGGUAGUAGGUAGUGCCUUGAUUGGUCGACAGACGGGUGCCGCGGGUCGCAUGUCGGAGAUCAGCGGAUUCAAGCGGCCGUUACAGCACACGAACUCGUUCUCCGGUGCGGCCGGUGCUGGUGCCGGUGGGAAUAGUUUGGCCGACCGAUUACCGCCGUACGGUGUGCCGACGGCGACAGCGGCCGAUGAAGCCGAACUUGGGGGACUGCUCGGUCAGAUCGAUCAGUGGGGUGUGGACAUCUUCCGCAUCGGCACGCUCAGUGGUAGUCGCCCACUGACAGCGGUGGCGUACACCGUGUUCCAGGAUCGAAACAUCCCACGGACGCUUACCAUACCGCCGACGGUACUGCUGGCAUUCGUGAGCACGGUCGAGGAUCACUAUGUGGCGGACAAUCCGUUCCAUAACUCGCUACAUGCAGCUGACGUGACGCAAAGUACGCAUGCGCUACUGCACAGUCCGGCACUGGACGGUGUAUUUACACCGCUCGAGGUGUGUGCAGCACUGGUCGCCGCCUGCAUACACGAUGUCGAUCAUCCUGGUCUGACAAACCAAUUUCUUAUUAAUUCUAGCUCUGAAUUGGCGCUUAUGUAUAACGACGAAUCAGUAUUGGAAAAUCAUCACUUGGCGGUGGCCUUCAAACUUAUGCAGAAUGAUGAUUGUAACAUUCUGCGCAAUUUACCGAAAAAGCAACGUGCUACGUUCCGGAAGAUGGUGAUAGACAUGGUACUGUCGACCGACAUGUCCAAACACAUGACCCUGCUGGCAGAUCUGAAGACAAUGGUCGAGACGAAGAAGGUCGCAAUAUCGGGCAAUCAGAAUCCGUCCGAAUCGCGCAGCAGCGGUAGCGGGGUGCUGCUGCGCCUGCUGGACAGCUACACCGACCGGAUCCAGGUCCUCCAGAAUCUGGUACACUGUGCCGAUCUGAGCAAUCCCACCAAACCGCUGCCGCUCUACCGGCGCUGGGUGCGCCGACUGAUGGAGGAGUUCUUCCGCCAGGGUGACCGGGAACGGGCGGCCGGUAUGGAUGUGUCGCCGAUGUGUGACCGACGUUCGGCCACGGUGGAAAGCUCGCAGGUCGGCUUCAUCGACUACAUCGUGCAUCCGCUCUGGGAGGCAUGGGCAGAGCUGGUACGGCCGGACGCCCAGGACAUACUGGACCGGCUGGAGGAGAAUCGGGCGUACUAUCAGGCGCUGAUACCACCACCAUCGCCCCCGUCGCAGGAAAAGGACGAGGAGGAAGACGAUCUGUAUCCGCCGCCGCCGCAGCAGCAGCAGCAGCACCAUCAGCCGGGGUCGUCCGGUGCACCGGAAAUGGCGGAAAAGGAACCCAUGCCCAUCGAUCCACAAGCGCUGGCCGCAAGGUUACGAUUUCAGAUGACAUUAGCUGAAAACGACGAGGAAGAUGACGAUCUCGAUCAAGACAGUACUGCUAAUCCGGAACAGGAACCGCAGUGAAGGAGUGAGAAAACGGAAACGCGCAUACAUGCAAAGAAAAGGGGUAUUAUGAAUGGCGGAACAGAAAACAACAUAUAAUGAAGCUGACUAUUGAUACUGAGCCACAGGCUGUUUCUAUCCUAUUAACUGGUUACAAUAUCCCCCGGGCCCACAACAAAAAAAAAGCGAUUCGUGAGUGUGAACUUCCCGCUUGAACACAUUCGUUUAUUCCCUAUUUAUUGUUGAACAACGGUCAAAAGCGGCAACAAUUCGUGUCGUUUAUUGUUGCACUUUUUCGUUUCCGUGCGCUUGACCCUUGUUGGAAGUUUGGCAAAUCGUUUUGGGGGGGGGCGAGGAGUUUGUGUAUUUUUGGGGACAGAAGCCAUAAAAUGGGGGAAAAUUUGAAGGGGUAAAGAUGAGGAGAUUAAAAGAUGCACACGUACACAACAUGGGACACCCAUGGAGCACAAGGAUCUUCUGCUGGAAAGAAGACAACUACACACUCCCUCUAUAGGACUGAGCGAAUGGGUGAAACAGGGAAACUUGGGGCAUGUGUGGGUGGGCGGAUAUAUGUUUAGAGAGCAGAGAGAGAGCAGACGAUAUUAUUACAACCGAAUGUUUGCAAAAUGGCUUCUUCCGUAAUGUGUAGAAAAUGGCCGGAUUGACAGCACUUUGACAGCAAAGCUGCGUUGCUGCCUAAAACAAAGGAAACAGAUAUCGGACGCGCGCUAGUAGUAGUGGGGAUGGAUUGGAUCGCUGCGCGCGCGCGCGUGUGUGUGUGGUUGCGCUAGGAAAGCGCCAUGCUUAGCAUAAUCAUCAAUCUCAUACAUAACACACAAAAAAAGCCCAUCUUCUGCGGGAAGGAAGCGGGGUGUUAAGCGUGAACAGUGAACAAACUGAUUUGUGGGGUUCAGCGAACAAAAAAUCAGUAGUAAAAUUGCAGAUAUAUAUAUACAAACACAUAUAUAGAUAUAUACAUAUACAUAUAGGAGAAUGUUUGUGUUUGAUAGAAGUAUUUAGCGUCGAGUGAAACGGUUUGCUUCUGCCCGUACACGGUGAAUGUAGCAGCAAACUCAAUCAGCCGCAGCCUAGUGCAGCCUGUGUGCUGGCCUGCUGCUCUAAAAUUGAUGUUUACCCUAAUGGCUAAUACCACCAAAUAUUUACCACUGCAUACUGGCGCGUUGGCAAAAAGGAAAACCGGAAGCUGCAUUAUGCGUGUAUACAGUAGCCGUAACAUUGAGGCACCCGAUGCGAUGAUUAAAUGUUAUGCGUUACGUAAGCGUUACAUAUGCGUUACACAUAUGCUGGUGGCGCGCGAUACGUCGGAUUUAAAUCGCUUGUAUACCGAAACAAAACGCAUAUUGCUGCCACCUAACAAACACCACACACACACACACACGUACACACACACACACAUACAAUACACAAGUGAGUAACAACAAACAGUUUUCUAGUGUGGGCCGUUACGUUACCCUAUAUCAAGUGCGCGAAUCAAAUCGAAACUAGAAUAACGAAAGGAUCGUGGCAUAUAUAUAUACAUAUAUAUAUAUAAAUAGUUUAUGAAAUCGUGGAAAGUAUCAAUGUUACCAUUAUUAUCGUUUUAGCUGUGGCGAAUAUUAGGCAGUGGUAAAAUUAAAGCCCACCCCCCCGGGGGGGG